GGCCACUCCGAGCUAUAGGCGGUCACGUGGGACCCAGCGGGGUGGACUCAGGAUUUUCUAGGCUAAGAUGGCGACAGUGAGGAAGGCUUUCCCGCGGAGGCUGGUGGGCUUGGCGUCUCUCCGGGCUGCCAGCACCUCAUCCAUGGGCGCUUUCCCGAAGCAGGUGAAGAUCGUGGAAGUCGGUCCCCGGGACGGUCUACAGAAUGAAAAGAAUAUUGUACCUACCCCAGUGAAAAUCAGGCUGAUCGACAUGCUCUCUGAAGCAGGGCUCCCUGUUAUCGAGGCUACCAGCUUCGUCUCUCCCAAGUGGGUGCCCCAGAUGGCUGACAACUCUGAAGUCUUGAAGGGCAUCCAGAAGUUUCCCGGCGUCAACUACCCAGUCCUGACUCCAAAUAUGAAAGGCUUUGAGGCAGCGGUAGCUGCAGGUGCCAAGGAAGUAAGCAUCUUCGGUGCUGUGUCUGAGCUAUUCACCCAGAAGAAUGCGAACUGCUCUAUAGAAGAGAGUUUCCAGCGCUUUGAUGGAGUCAUGAAGGCUGCACUGGCCAGCAACAUCCGUGUGAGAGGGUAUAUCUCCUGUGUCCUCGGGUGCCCCUAUGAGGGGAAGAUCUCUUCGGCUAAAGUAGCUGAGGUCGCCAAGAAGUUGUACUCAAUGGGCUGCUAUGAGAUCUCCCUUGGGGACACCAUUGGUGUAGGCACCCCAGGACUCAUGAAAGACAUGCUGACUGCUGUCAUGCAUGAAGUGCCUGUUGCCGCACUGGCUGUCCACUGCCAUGAUACCUACGGUCAAGCUCUGGCCAACACGUUGGUGGCCCUGCAGAUGGGGGUGAGCGUCGUUGACUCCUCUGUGGCGGGACUUGGAGGCUGUCCCUAUGCAAAAGGAGCAUCAGGGAACUUGGCCACUGAGGACCUGGUCUACAUGCUGACUGGUUUAGGGAUUCACACGGGUGUGAACCUCCAGAAGCUCCUCGAAGCCGGGGACUUCAUCUGUCAAGCCCUGAACCGGAAAACCAGCUCCAAAGUGGCCCAGGCCACCUGCAAACUCUGAGCCCCUCGCUCACCUGAAGACCCGGGACUGGGGGAGGUGGGGGUGUUUGUGCACAGUGAUUCUUGGAUGAGGGAAAUGGGAUGCGAAUGAAUGAGCAGGCAUCACGGAGGUCCUUCUCCUAGGCAGAAAGGGCUAGAGCUGCCAGGCCCGGGCCUCACUGAGUGCCCUGGAGCCUGGAAGUCUCCCCUCCACUGUGGACCAGCUCCUCAGAGCUGAUGGCCUGAGCGCUGCGUUUGGGAUGGCCCUGGGUCUCGCGGAUGGGCUGCUAGGCAGCAGAGCUGAUGUCCACCCUGCCAGGACUGUGGGUCCUGUCCUGUGCUGCAUCUUUGACGACAGAGAGCAGUUCCUCCUCCCCCCAAGGCAGCAAAGCAUUUGCUGAAAUGGUGGGGUUUGAUCUGCUGCAGUGGCCACCUGCCAACUCCAGCGUCUCUGGAAAAAUCACUCUGUUCAUGAUUUUUAAAAACAGCUUAUGUAAUUAAAGGUUUAAUUUUCUAAUAUUCAACCGUGUGUGUGUGUUUAUAGGCAGAGAAGUCAAGUCAUUAUGAGGGAAGAGUG